AUGAUGAGUCAGCCACGCGAUAAACAGCACGUCGGUUUUGAACACUCUCCAAUCUUGACCACAUCUCAAGACGCUGAGAUGUUCAGCGAGCACUUUUCAAUAUCUCAGCUGGCAGUCCCGGCUGUCAAUAUCCUGAUCAGCUUUCUCGCGUAUACAUCACAGUACCUCUUUCUGCAUUUUGAGCCGUUGCCACUCACCAAGGUUGAGACCUGGUCGAUCAACAUAUUCGCCUUGUGCAUUUUCAUAUGCUAUUAUCGAGCUUGUUUUGUAGACCCUGGCCGGCUACCUCAAUCGGAAAAGCGCUCAGAGCCCAAACCCCAAGUGGGUGACGGGUUGACCGGUCGCCAGCGGUGGUGUCGUAGAUGCGAAGCUUACAAACCCCCACGAGCUCAUCACUGCAAGACAUGCAAAAGGUUGGUCAAGAAGCAAUAUUUCAGGAAUUUUUGCUCACCUGUUCUCAGAUGCAUUCCCAAGAUGGAUCAUCAUUGUCCUUGGACCUCUAACUGCGUCUCACAUUUCACGUAUCCGCACUUCAUUCGCUUUCUCUUCUACGCGGUUGUCGGCAUGUCGUAUCUCGAGAGUUGUCUUUGGCAGCGUGGCUCUUUCGUAUGGAAGAACAGCAAUUUGCCCAGCUACCUUGGCCCGACACUAGGACAGCUCAUUCACCUAUUCAUACUCUUCAUGGUGAAUAGUGUUACCGUAUUUGCUCUGUUUAUUCUGUUGAUCAGGAGUCUCUGGUCGCUGGGAACCAACACUACUUUCAUUGAAUCCUGGGAGAUUGAAAGGCACGCCACUCUUGUCCGACGGUCCCGUGUUCUGGGCGGGUAUCUCGAAGGCCCGGGUGGAAUCCGAGUCCAGAUCAGAAAACAGGAAUAUCCGUACGACAUCGGGAUUUGGGCCAAUGUUAAGCAAGGCAUGGGCGGUAGUGUCAAUUUCAUAAGUUGGUUCUGGCCGCUUGCUAGAAGUCCGGAUCGUCGGAGUGGUUGGGAAUAUGAAACCAAUGACUUUGAGGAACCAGGUGUAUCAUGGCCACCGCCAGAUCCUGAUAGGAUUCCCAUGCCAUUCAAUUCAAAACUAGGUCCCAACUCACCUCAGUCAUACGCCAAUAUCCAACAGGAGAUUGAUGCAUUCAACCGUCGCAAAGCGGAAGACAUGAAGCGUUUUACGAAUUCCGGUGUGCAGCGCCGCAAGCCCUUUCAUGAUCGUUAUCAGAGAGAUGGAUUUACUGCAACUGAGAGCGAUGAGUCUGGGACCCAGUCAAGCAAUGACUCAGACGAGGGCGAAGAGUCCUGGCGCAAUGCUGAAGGAGAACGAUUACGCGACUUUGGCGUCGACGAGGAAGCAGAAUUCUACGACGAGGAGGAUAUUCCUCUUGGGGUUCUUCUUCGACAACGCAGGCAGCAAUGA